AUGGCGUCGGCUAUGCCUACAAGUCCAGCCAGCGGCGCCGAGCUUCUCUCCCGUGACAGGACAAAUCCUGCGAGCGGAUGCUACCUAUUUCACGUUGACGAAUGCUGUCUCCCUCUUGUCUGCAUCUGUGCCGAGGGGAGGCUCUACGAGUUCAACCCGAAAAGCUGGAGCGCUGGCGGCAAUGGGUGCGACCCCCCAUGGGGCUACAUCGCCGAGUCCUGGUCCUCGCAUCCAAAGUGGCUGGAAAUCGAGGGCGGCCAUGUUAUACACCAAAACUAUGCCGUCACAAAUACUCCUUUUGCAGAAAUGUACGCGACCAAGUCCAUGAUGCUUUACUAG